CACAGCCGUUGCGCAUCUAAAUCUCUGGGUUUUUGCGUAUUCUAUUGUUUAUAACUGUGUAUACUAUGGGAAUAGUCUUCUUUUGUUUAUCAAUACUUCUUUCAAUGCUCUUGUUUCUCUACUGGUAUCUCACAUACGACUACAAAUACUGGAAGGCCAGAGGUGUACCUUACAUAGAACCUUCCUUUCCAUUCGGCAAUCUCGGAGAUGUUAUACUGGGCAGAAAGUCUCUAAUAGAUCUAGUGGUUGAGCAGUACAAACAGUUUGAAGGUGAAAGGUUCUUUGGCAUCUUCCACCUUAACAAGCCGAUUUUGGUCCUAAGAGAUUCCUCACUGGUGGAAAGGAUCAUGGUGAAGGAUUUCUCCUAUUUUUGUGAUCGAGGCCAAGGUACCACUGUAAAUAAUCACAUCCUUGGCUCUUAUCUGGGAAAUCUGAAAGGAAGCACUUGGCGACAAAUGAGACAGAAACUGAAUGGAGCGUUUUCUCAAAGUAAACUGAAACAGAUGUCAGAGCGAAUAUCGAUUUGUAGCGAUUCCCUGAUCGAAUCGAUUGAAGACUACAGGAUGAAAGAAGAACCUGUGAAGCUCGACUCCUUGGGAAUAAAAUUCAUCCAAAGAGUGAUUGCUAGCUGUUCUUUUGGUAUUGAAUGUGAUGAAGACGGUCUCCAAGACUUUGUAAGAAAUGUGAAUAAAGUCUUUUUGAAAAUGAGAAUAGUAAACUUAAUAAUUCUGUGGGAUAUGUAUAUACCUCAGUUAACCAAAUUACUGUAUUUCAUACCAGCUGUGGCUGAAGUUGUAGACUACUUCAGGAAUCUUUCUUCUACAACUAUCCAAGUUAGGAAGUCAACACAGAGAAAAGGGAAUGAUUUCUUACAAAUCUUACUUGACUUAGGAGGAGAAGAAGAAGAAACUGAUAACGAAACGUAUUGUUCACACUUGAGUGGUCAGAACGAUCCCCAAAGUAAUUCACCAUCAGAAAAGAUGCAAGGACUGUAUGAACAUUGUAUCACUUCACAAAUGUUCAUAUUCAUGAGUUUUGGGCUUGAUCUGGUCUCAAAUAUCAUCUGCUUCAUCUUGUUUGAUCUGGCUUCGAAUUCUGCCAUACAGCAAAGGGUUCAUCAAGAGAUUGAUGUAGUUGUUAAGAAAUAUGGACAUCUGAACUUUACAACCCUCCAGAAAUUGAAUUACCUCGAGUCUGUCAUCCAAGAGAGUCUCAGAAUAAAGUCAGGUUUUGGAUAUACCACACGGGUCUGCCAGGUCCCAUACCAUAUACCAGAUUCUGACCUGGUAGUAGAGAAGGGUGUCUCAGUCAUGAUUCCGACCUGUGCAAUCCAUCUCGACUCCCAGAAUCAUCUUGAUCCGGAGCAAUUCAUCCCAGAUCGUUUCUCAGACAACCACUUCAAGUCGGGUGGGACUUAUUUGCCGUUUGGGAUGGGACCUCGCAUGUGCGUGGCCUCCAACCUGGUCAUUCUGCAACUGAAGAUAGCAGUGGCUACAGUGAUGUCCAACUAUACGUUGCGGCUGAACAAAAAAACAAGUCUGCCUUUACAGUAUGCUCCGAUGUUCAUGCCCUCGUUGCUCACUGAAGUUUGGGUUGAUUUCGAGCAGAGAACACCAGAAUAA